CAAUAUAAUUUAUCUAUAGCACAGCCGACAGGGGUUAAACUCCGCCAGUCGGACCGCGCCCGUCCCCCCACCUUAUCGUCUCGUUGAGUGAUCGCAGUCAUAGGUAGAGACGCGUCGCGCACCAAAAUUCUUAGCACCUGUCGUCUCAUGCCAUCCUGGGAAACUACAAACUAGUCAGUGCUAUUACAAAAUUUAUGUUGGACAGAUAUCUUUUGUUUGACGACACAAAAUAAGCGAAAAUAAGUUUGACUUUGUGAUAACGACACGGAUUCGAGUGAUUCAAGGCGGAGUUUUGUUUGUGCUGAUGAAUAAUUAGAAAUCUGGAGACAACAAUGGGCAAGGAGGUGCAAAAGCGAUGGCGCUCGAUCCGCGACUCGUACACGAAGGCGUUCCGGCAGGGCAAGUGCGUGCUGCCCGAGCAGUGCCCGCCCGGCAGCCGCCGCUACCAGUACCACCGCCAGAUGGCCUUCCUACUGCGAGCGCUGCAGAACAAGAAACCUAAGUACGAAUGCCAUUCCGAUACAUACUCCAACUCGCCGCAGCACCCGCCUCCCGAAGACAUACCAAAACUUAACGCAGAGCUAGAAAAACCUCUAGACCUCAAAACAAAACCUGACAAACCAGAAGCAGAAAAACCAGAAACCGUAGACAAGUGCAACCAAGCAGUUAUGGCGGAAAAGCCGAUUGAGAUCAAAAACCCAUCGCUCGAAAUCAAAAUCGACGCCAACUCGAUUCUCCCAGACGAUCAUUUCGAUGACGAUAAACUGUUCAUGAAUUCUCUGCUUCCACUUUUCAAGAAGAUGGACGAUGAUACAAGGCUGCUGUGUAGAAUUGAGGUUCUGAAGAUUAUCAGGUAUGCAUUGCAAGGCCAUAAAUGCUUCGAAGCGUUGAGGAUGGCGGAAGAUAGUUUCUUCAAGAACAAGAUCAGUGGGAUUCUGAUGAAGGAGGAGAUCCCAGACACUCCAGUCAGCACACCAAAAGCGACGGAGUCUAAGUUGUCUAUGACUACCAGAUCAGCUGAUGGCAGCAGACCUGUGAGGAAACGGAAGACCAGAUCACCGUCCCCAACUCAAGUGCCGGUAAAGCGGAGAGGACCAGGCCGCCCUAGGAAGGUCCGCCCUCCGCCAUCGGACUCUGAAGAGGAACACCAUACAACGAAGAAACGGUGCCCCAAGAUGAAGGUGGUUCCCGUGGAGGUACCACACGUUAUGAGCGAGAUGGAUGAAUCGCUCAGUACCGCUACUAGCGUCGCGCAGCUUUCCACGCCGCUGUUUAUGAAGAUGUACAACUUGGAACGCUCAAAAUCAUCUCUAGAAAAGUCACAGAGUAUGCACGUGUCGAUCAAGACGGAACCAGUAGACGACACGCCCACUUAAGGAGGUGUAUGUCGUCCUGUAGUGUAUUUGUGAAUAAGUUUUCAGUAUGUGUCAUGAGAGAUUUGUAGGCGAGAAAUUCGGUAAUUUUUAAUCGUAUGUCCUUGGUAAUACUGCAAUUUGAGCUACAUCACUUAAAACGAUAAAUUAGUUUAAAUUAGUAAUUACUUAGCUUAUAUUAAUAAUCUUAACUAAGUCUGUCGCCAUAGCAACAAUGUUAACAGCAUUAUUUUGUUCCGGCAGUUAGAGGUAAGAUAGCCAGUUCCUCCGUGGUUGAGGAUUCCGGGUGAAGCUCGCCACCACCUUCGGCCUGAUCAUCACUUACCAUCAGGUGAGAUACAGGCCAAGAGCUUCCUCGUUGUGGAUAAAAAAAAAAUCUUAAUGAGUUUUAGCAUCCAAAAAAUGGAUAGUAACUGAAAUGACACUCUUGCCGUGGAUGUCGUAAAAAACUACCAAAGGAUUAAUAUGCGAACAUCAGGCCUCCCUAACCCGUCUGUCCAGCGUGGGGAAUUUAGGCCAAAUCCUUCAUUUGCCUCUGGUAAAUAAGCAUCGUGCAUUGAAGACAAAAUUAUCUGAUGAUAAUGAAGAUCCACAAAAUAGUGAUAAAAAUUGCGUCACUCGCAUUCAGUCAUUUUUGCGUGGAAGUUAUUGCAGUAUUACCUCUAUGGCUCAAUAUAAAUAGUGUGAUUAUUUGGACCAUUGCUACCAUAGCAUUUUCAUUUGGUGAAGAAAAAACUUCACUAUCAGAAAGUUCCUUAUAAAAUUAUUAGAAGUUAUUGUAUUACUUUUGAAUUUGAUUUCUGAUUGUGAUAGAUAGAAAUAAAUUGAUUUAUCUUUCUCUCCUCUCAAUCUCAUGACACUAGCAAAACUUAUAGUCAUAUCUUGCUGAUUGUUGAUGAAAGAGAAAAUGUGAUAUUUUAUAAUGUUAGAGCUUGGCCAUUUAGGUUCAUAAAUAUUAUCCUAAGAUAUUUUUAAGUGUAUAUUGUAUUUAUGUAGUUAUUAACCACACCUCAACGAAUUAGUGUACCACAGUGUAGAGUAAUUGAAACGACAAAACAUCAUAAAACUUUGAAGUUUGUAGCAUUUUAACGACAUCCUUGUACUUUUUCAAGGUGUUUAUACACAAAUAAUUCAUAGGUAUGUAUUAGUGGCAACGCUUUUUUAGUAAAAUUACACAAAUUAAGGUGAUUUGUACGCU